AUACCAAAAAUAAAAAAAACACAAAGUGGUGUGGGUGGGGUUUGGCAUUGGCAAACUCAGGACGAGGAGACCAUCAGAGCCCACAAUCAGGUUCUCUCGUGGGGAACUCAAUCACUGCUCCAACGGAGCUUUCUUCUCCUCUGGUUCUCUCUCCCCUCCCCACCUCUCUCUAGGCCUCUCUCUCUCUCUCUUCCCUCUCCAGAUCCGAGUGAUCGAGCAGGGAUUGGAGAGUUGCAGCCUAGAUAGAGUUUGAUCUUUUGUUGUUUUGUGGUUUGUCAUGUGAAAUAACGGCUCGAACGCGUUGUAUGCCUGAGACUAAUCAUCAUUGUCAAACUUCACCUUCUAGCCAUUAGCAGGUUUUUUUCAGUAUUUUGACCUUAUCUAUGGUUUUGGUAUAUGGGUUUCAAAGAAAAUCGAGAAUUUUGACUUAAGAAUUUAGGGUUCCUGGUUAGUUGAAGAGGGCAAGCUAGUUGAUAAUUUAGGCGAUCUUGAUUGGUAUUUUCUUAUUAUUGGGGUUUCAAGAUUUCUUAUGGCUGUUGCCAAGAGCAACGGCAACAAGGAAUUAUCAUUUCGAACAUGCGAUUGUUACAAAGUUUCAGGCCUUUACAAAAACAUUUUGGAGACUAACCAGACCUCAAAUUUGAAAGAUCAAUACGUUCUUGGAGAGCAAUUGGGAUGGGGGCAGUUUGGCAUUAUCAGGGCAUGCUCUGAUAAGUUCACUGGUGAGGUACUGGCUUGCAAGUCAAUCGCCAAGGAUAGAUUCGUCACCCAGGACGAUGUGCGGAGCAUCAAGCUUGAGAUUGAAAUAAUGACUAAGUUGUCUGGGCACCCAAAUGUUGUAGAUCUCAAAGCUGUUUAUGAGGAGGAAGAUUAUGUUCAUCUGGUGAUGGAACUUUGUGCCGGAGGGGAGCUUUUCCACCAGUUGGAGAAGCAUGGUAGAUUCUCCGAGUCUGAGGCUAGGGUUCUAUUCAGGCAGCUGAUGCAAGUGGUGGCGUAUUGUCAUGACAAGGGCGUUGUUCAUAGAGAUUUAAAGCCAGAGAACAUCCUCUUAGCAACAAAAGCCUCCUCUUCGCCAAUUAAAUUGGCUGAUUUUGGUCUUGCAACCUACAUCAAGUCAGGUCAAAGCUUGCGCGGGACUGUUGGUAGUCCAUUUUAUAUAGCUCCCGAGGUAUUGACCAGUGGCUAUAACCAGGCGGCUGACGUGUGGAGUGCAGGGGUUAUUCUUUACAUUCUUCUCAGUGGGAUGCCACCGUUUUGGGGGAAGACCAAGUCACGAAUAUUUGAUGCUGUUAGGGCGUCUGAUCUGCGGUUUCCAUCAGAUCCCUGGGACCAUUUAUCUGAUUCUGCUAAGGAAUUAAUUAGGGAUAUGCUUUGUACGGACCCUUCUCAAAGACUCACAGCUCAGCAGGUUCUAGAUCAUGCCUGGAUAAGCCACCCUGCACCACUUUCUAAAGACUCGUAUGAACGUCAAAAGCAAAGUUGUGUAGAAUUGGAUAUGGCAAGAGGCUCUCUAUCUACUUCAUUUAUGACUCGGAAUCAAGAUAUCAGCUUCGGAACUGGCUCGCCUGCUAUUUGUGAUGCCCAGUCUCCUGAACUGACAUACAGAUCAUCAUUUUCUUCUUUGCUCAUGGAUCCGUCAACACCGUGCUUCACAUCUGGUGGGUUUUCCUUUCAUAGUAGCGGUGGAUCAAAUACCCUGGAAUUCUCUACUCCUGUUGCUGCAAUGCCAAGCUUUGCAUUCUUUAGCCCAGGUUCUGAGGCCGAGCAAGGGAAUUAUGCAUCGGAUUUCUCAGCCAACAUAACAAGAGUAGAUUCAAUUCGUCAAGCAGAGGCAAGCGGGGGGGAGUUGUUUACUGUACCAGUUUCUUCACUAUGCUUUGGGCAUGAGGCAAGAGAAAUGGAGCAUAAAGCUGCAGAGGUUAGAAGAGCAGAAGGAACAAACGGGUCUAGAAUGUCGGGCAUCCAUAGCAGGAGAAACCAUACGAUUGGGCUCGGUGAAUUUGAUCAGAUUGAUCUCAUGGUGACUGAAUCGGUUAUUCGCUGGGCAUCAUGCACACAACUCCCAACUGCCACGUCCCUUAGGUCCUCUCUUGUUUGUUGAAACUGUGUGGACUACGCUAACAGAAUUGGAUCAAUCAGCAGGAUCUGAAGAAUCAUCAUCAUCAGAGUUCAAGAACCAAAAUGCCCACUUUGAGUUUUCCAAGCUUGAUGAAUUCAGUCGAGGUUAUAUUGUAUGAGUAAUGUUUACCUGAUUUCAAGAGGUGUUUUAGGUGUUUAUAUUAGUGCGAGAGGAAUUAAGAAAAAAAAAAUUGGAAAAAAGGAAAGUGUUAUUGCUAACGGGUUUUCGUGGUGUUCCAAGUUUACUAGAUCCGACAGUCCAGUGUGUGCCAAGUUUUGUAACAUAUAUUCGUGGGAGUUUCUUCUCUUUCUCUCUCGCAUGUCAAAUGGAAUCCUCUGAACACGUAUUUUUCGUCACUAUAAGUCAGUCAUGGUUUCUUAGUUUUCCCAGUAA